UCAGCCUCCCAAGUGCUGGGAUUACAGGCAUGCACCACCACUCAGCUUUAAACAUCUCUUCAUAUGAUCGCUUGCUGUCUGUGUUGUCUUCUUGGCGUCUGUGCAGGCUUUUGUCCAUUUUUAAUUGGGUUGUUUUCUUGUUGAGUGGCAGAGUUUGUAGUCCAUUGUGGAUAGCAGUCCUUUACCAGAUGUGUGUUUUGCUCCAAGUACGUGGCUUUUCUCCUUGUUUUCCUCACGUCUUUCACAAAGCAGAAGUUUUAAAGCUUAAUGUCCGGGUAUUAAUUAUUUCUUUCACAAAUGAUGCCUUUGGAGUCCUAUCUAAAAAGUCAUCUCCAUACCCAACGUCAUCUCGAUUUUUUUCCAGUUAUCUUUUUUUUUCUUUUGGCAGUACCACACUGUCUUGAUUACUAUAGCUUUACAGUAAAUCUUGAAGUCAAAUAGUUUUAGUCUUCCUACUUUCUUCAAUGUUAAAUUGUCUGCUCUGGAUCUCUCGCAUCUAUAAACCUUAGAAUCUGUUUGUCAGUAUCCACAAAAUAACUCUGAGAUAUUGGACCAGAUCCCCAAAAUACAGAACUAAGGAGGAGAGAUUUAUUUGACUAUCAGUUUCAGGGGACUCAGUCCAGGCUUGGCUGGCUCCAAGGUAGAAACAUUAUAGCAAGAGGGCCUGGCAGAGCAAAGCUGCUUAGUCCAUGGUGACUAGAAGGCAGAGCAGGGAAACAGCGCCAGAGAAGCAGCGAGGGCACAGUACAGUGCCCAGGGUCCCGCCUCUGGUGGGUUAUCUACCCACCAGAGAUAGCCAGAAGCACACCUUACUAGUCCUGUAGGCUGCUCGCAGGCCAAUCAAGCUGGCAGUCCAGUUUAACUGGCACAGACACUGGCAAGGAUUGUAUUGACUCUAUAGACCAAGUUGGGGAAAGCUGACAUCUUGACGGUGUUGACUCUUAUCCAGGAGCAUGGGCUAUCUCUCACCACUUAAUUAGUUCUUUGAUUCCUUUUAUCAAAGUUUUGUGGUUUUCCUUAUUUAGAUUUUGUACAUACUUCAUUAAAUGAAUACCUAAGUGUUUCACUUUGGGAGGUAAUGUGUUUUUAAUUUGAAAUUCCACUUACUCAUUUGUGGUAUCUGCUUAACUUUUUAAGCAGUUGAUGAGUGCCUGGAAGUUGACAUACAUACAUAUUCAGCAAUGUUUCGCCACCUGAGACCUUUGAGGAGUGUUUUCCCUGCAGAGUACUUUUAACUUGACUGUUGCUUCAUCACUGAGAAUGUGUGUUUCUGGGACUGAGAAUAACCAGCCACAUCUUUUUACAAGGUUCUGUCUGGCGCAGACCCACCCCCACUGGUUCCACUACUCUCGAGCCUUGUCGGGAGCAGAGGCCGUCCACGCCUUGAGGCCUUUCUACUUUGCAGUCCACCCGGACUUCUUCGGGCAGCACCCCAGAGAAAGGGAAGUCAAUGAAAAUUCUCUUAAGAGACUAAGUGUCUACUUAGAAAACCUCCAGAAACCAGGCUUCAAGUCUUUGAAACCAACUCAGCUUACAUUUUAUGUGCGAGAAACGGACCAGACUUCCUCGGAAGGCCAGGAACCCUUUAGCUCCUCUGGAUUUCGAGCAGUCAGAUUUACUUUGCACACCAGAGACCUGCUAAGCACAGUAUUGUAUAUUCUCAACUCCUGCAGUUUAUCUGUGGAACAUAUCCAAAGCUUGAACACUAAUGUGCAUUCCCAGCCUCUCAGAGAAGCCACGCGGAUACCCAAUAGGCCCAUCAAAUGGGACAAGUCUUACUACUCUUUCACUGGAUUUAAGGACCCUGACCAAGACCUUGAGCAAGUCUCGAGAAAGGAGGUGACCCUAACAUCCUGGUUAGAUAACAAUGGGAAAACUGCUGUUAAAAAGCUGAAGAAUAGUUUGCCUCUUAGAAAAGAACUACAUCGUUUAAAAGACGAGCUGUCUAGCCUGUUGCAGCUUUCAGAUAUCAGGUGGCAGAGGAGCUGGGGCAUCGCCCACCGCUGCAGCCAGCUGCACAGUUUAGGCCGCCUCGCACAGCAGAACCUGGAGACACUCCAGAAAGCCAAAGGAUGCACGCUCAUCUUCACGGACCGCUCCGGCAUGAGCGCAGUGGGCCACGUGAUGCUGGGGACCAUGGACGUCCACCACCACUGGAUAAAACUUUUUGAAAGGUUGCCAAGUUAUUUUGACCUCCGGAGGAAGCUGAUGCUCUUAGAAGACCGAAUAAGCGGGCUUUUAGGUGGCAUCCAAGUUGUGUAUAUGGAGGAGCUGCAGCCAGCGCUGACCCUGGAAGAGUAUUACUCUCUCCUCGACGUGUUCUGUAACAGACUGCUGAAGAGCAGGGCUCCUUUCCACCCUCAGAGUCUCCGCGGCUUGCAGAUGAUCCUUAACAGUGACCAGUACGCGCCAAGUUUGCACGAACUCGGGCACUUUAACAUCCCGACGCUCUGUGACCCAGCAGACUUGCAGUGGUUCCUGCUCAGCAGAGCCCAGCAGGCGAGGGAGAACGUGACGAGGAGGGAGCGGUUAAAGGUCAUCGAAGACAAGCUGAUCCAAGCCUCCACACACAAGUUCUCCCUGGAGAAGCUCUACAAGGAGCCCAGCGUCUCGAGCCGGCAGAUGGCCGCCUGCCUCGAGCGGCUCGUCGCGCGCUCGCUGCCGGCCCUGAGCGGCAUGCGCCUGUGCGUGUCCCACUUCUACUCGGUCCUGCAGGACGGCGACCUGUGCAUCCCCUGGAACUGGAAGGAUGGCGAGGCCGUGAAGUGACACAAGUCAGCCUCACUCUUGAAAGAGCUCCGAAAAAAGCAGUUCGGUGUAUUUAAAUCUCAGUCUGAUAGCACAGUACCAUUUUCCUGUUACAAGAACAGUUUCUGACUGCUGCUUUGAAAGACUUUUUUAAAUUAAUUCCCUAGCAGGAAGACUAGGAUUUCUCCCCUAGUUUUAAGACAUGGGUGGACAACAUUAGGUUAAAGAGAUUAGAGCGGAAGAAUGUAUUUUGGUGUAUCGUGAGGCGGGAUUGUCUCCCAGGCUGCAUUUUGUACGAGGGAGGGUUGGCUGGGGGCUGGCCGGGGGUGUGUGCGGAGACAGGGCUCGCUCUCGGCGUCUGAGUGCUGGACGCUGUCCAUGUGUAACACGGUUCAACACGCAUCUCCAGUCAUGUGUGCACACACGCAUGUUGUGUAGGCAGGAAUGGACAGUUGGUGUCCAAAACACGAUGGAUGGGUAGCAGAAAUUAGGUGACCAAAUUUUGCCUAAGAAAGAGUGGAAGGGGAGAGAGUGUAGCACACUCAGCGAGUACGUGCUGUUACCACGUCCUGAGCCGUCUGCCACCAGCCGAUUAAGCAUCCUCGGUGACGGGGAGUUGAAGUUUGCAGCCCGUCAUACCCCUACCCGUUAUAAGACCGCCGCUGUGGGGGCCGGCAGGGAACCCGGUGGGGAAGGACAUACUUAGCACAUGAACGGCCCGUUCUGUCCCCAGCGUCCAAAAAAUACAAGAAAUGAAGAUCUUCCACCUGGACCGUCUUUGGGCGCUGUAGGGAGAACGCACGCCACCCCUUCCUCAGGAGGGUGAGCAGAUGCGGCUGGGGACCCCACGCUUGUGGCGCUCACUGUGGAAGAAAGCAGAAAGCAUCAAGAUGUAAAGAUGCUGACAGUUCGUAAACACGUUCUGAAUUUACAGAAGACGUGCUGUUUCAGCCGUGGGAUGCAGCUGUGUAUUCCGAAGCGCUGAUUUGUCGUCAUCGUGGUUCGUGCCCAUCCACCUUCUACUGUGCCGAAAGUGGCACUGGAGCUGGUUUCUCAUGUAACAGGCGUUGCUGCCGGUGGAGACUCCAGAGCGAAGUGAAGGCAGUGAGCGGUUUCUCAAGGAUAAAUAAGAAAAUGGUUAGAACAUGAGAUCUGGAUUUACCAUGUCUGCAAUCGGCUACUGUAGAAGCCUCAGUGUUCUGUAGUUGAUUUUUGUCUCGGAACCAUUACGUAAUAAAUACUAGCUACAUCCAGCACGCA